GGUGGCGGUGGCGGCUGCGAGCCGGGCCCCGCGCCGCGGACACCCCCUCCCCACCCUGUCCUCCACUUCGCUGCGGGCCAUGGCGGCGGCGGCGGCAGCAGCGGGCUCCAACUGGGGCCUGAUCAUGAACGUGGUGAACAGCAUCGUGGGGGUGAGCGUGCUCACCGUGCCCUUCUGCUUCAGACAGUGUGGCAUCAUCCUGGGAGCUCUGCUGCUGAUUUUCUGUUCUUGGAUGACUCAUCAAUCCUGCAUGUUCCUGGUGAAAUCGGCCAAUCUCAGCAAGCGCAGGACCUACCCUGGCCUUGCAUUUCAUGCCUAUGGAAAAGCAGGAAAAAUGCUGGUGGAAACAAGCAUGAUUGGGCUGAUGCUGGGAACUUGUAUUGCUUUCUAUGUUGUCAUUGGUGAUUUGGGGUCCAACUUCUUUGCCCGACUGCUUGGAUUUCAGGUGUCAGGCGGUUUCCGGAUCGUCCUGCUCUUUGCUGUCUCGCUCUGCAUUGUGCUUCCCCUAAGCCUCCAGAGGAACAUGAUGGCCUCCAUACAGUCCUUCAGUGCCAUGGCUCUCAUCUUCUACACGGUGUUCAUGUUUGUGAUUGUGCUUUCGUCCUUCAAGCACGGCCUCUUCAGUGGGCAGUGGCUGCAGCGAGUGAGCUACACCCGCUGGGAGGGCAUUUUUCGCUGCAUCCCCAUCUUUGGCAUGUCUUUCGCCUGCCAGUCUCAGGUCUUGCCUACCUAUGAUAGCUUGGAUGAGCCAUCUGUUAAAAUCAUGAGCUCCAUAUUUGCUUCUUCCCUAAACGUGGUCACCACCUUUUACAUCACGGUGGGCUUCUUUGGCUACGUGAGCUACACUGAAGCCAUUGCUGGGAACGUCCUGAUGAACUUCCCCUCCAACCUGGUGACAGAGAUGAUUCGAGUGGGCUUCAUGAUGUCAGUAGCUGUGGGGUUUCCCAUGAUGAUUCUCCCGUGCAGACAGGCACUGAACACCCUUCUCUUUGAGCAGCAGCAAAAAGAUGGCACCUUUGCUGCAGGGGGUUACAUGCCCCCGCUUCGCUUCAAAGCCCUGACGCUGGCUGUUGUGUUUGGGACCAUGGUAGGAGGCAUCAUGAUCCCAAAUGUGGAAACAGUCCUGGGCCUGACAGGUGCUACGAUGGGAAGCCUCAUUUGUUUUAUCUGCCCAGCUCUUAUUUACAAGAAGAUCCACAAGAAUGCUCUUUGUUCACAGAUGAUCCUGUGGAUUGGCCUGGGAAUUCUGGUUAUCAGUACAUACACCACCCUGUCUGCAGCGGAGGACACCCCUGUCAAGACAGAUGUGGUGGACUUGGAGCACUUGGACCGAGAGGAGAACAGAAUUGACCAGGAUUCUGUCAAAAUCCCAGACCAGAAGCCGGCAGUGGAGGAGGCAGAGGAUGACCGUGAUAAACCCAAGCUGCUGGAGGAGAAGGAGAUGGAGCAGCCGCAAAUUAAGGUGCCCAUGGAGGUACCCAAGAGAGAGGAGGAGAGAGGAAAAGCAGAGGAGAAAGUGCAGCUUGACCGUCCUGAUCAAGGCAUUGCCCUGCCCGUGGGGGAAGCCCACCGCCACGAGCCGCCCGUCCCGCAUGACCAAGUGGUUGUGGACAUGGGCCGGGAACGGGAGGAAUCGGACGAGAAGAAGCCCGCACCUGGGGGAGCCAACGGUCGUGUGCUGGAGGAGCCAGCCCCGGUGAAUCCCCAGAAAGAGGCGCUUGGCCCAAAACAGGGGAAGGAAGUGAUUGCUGAGAACCAACUGCGGGGAGGGACUGACGAGCCCGCUAAGAAUCCAAAGAACGUGCUGGAGGUGCUGGUGCAGCAGGAUGGCAGGCUGCCAUACAAAGAGCUGGAGCCAGACAAGCCAGCGGUGGAAGCCAAGGCGCAAGCUGCCAUGCCGGACGGUGAGAAGAAAGCUGAGGCUGCAGGUGACAGGGAGAAAGCAAAGCUCCAGCUCCCCAGAAAAGCAGAGGAGGCCGUGAAGUCUGUGGAGAAAGAAGCUGACCCUGGUGAUAAGCAGGAGCUACCCCUCCCGGAGAGAACGGAUCAGCUGGAGCCAAGGGAGGCCCAAAACACCGAAGAGAAGCAUCAGGAGAACGCAGAGACCAAGCUGGAGGAAGCAGGGCAGGCGAAACUGAUGGAUCAUGCUGUGCUGCUGCAGGUGAUCAAAGAACAGCAGGUUCAGCAGAAGCAGCUACUUGACCAGCAGGCAAAGCUGCUAGCUGUGAUUGAAGAACAGCACAAGGAGAUCCACCAACAAAGGCAGGAGGAGGGAGGAGAGGAGAAGCCAAAGCAAGCAGAAGGACAGCAGGAGCCUGCAGUGCCUCUCUCCAAGAGCAAGGAGGAUGAGGGCCCUGGGGCCAAGCAAGAAGCUGCCAUGAAGGCACUCAGCAAGGAGCUGUUGGAGCAGCCAGCUCAGGGCCUGGGCAGGCAGCCUGCUGACUCCACGGAGCAGCACAGGGCAGCUGUGGGAAAGCUGGGAGAGGCUGGGCACAGGCGUGAGAUUCCUGGGGUUCCUCCCAAGGAGCGGAAGGUGCUGCCACAAGACAAUGACAGGGCUGUUGAAAAUCCUGCAGAGAACCAGGAUCCCCUUCACAGGGAUGCCCAACACCUUCCAGCAGCCAGAAACCACCUAGAGAAGAAGCCCUUGGCAGAGGAUUUAGGAGGAGAUCGUGAAGCCAAAGCUGGAAGAGAUGUCCACGAGAAGAAGCAUUCCCUGAAAGACGUGGAAGCAGCUACAGCUUCCAUCCAAAGAGAACAGCUGGGGGCUGCCAAAGUUCAGGGAGUAGCAGGAAGGAGUCUGGAAAGAGACUCAGGAGUAGACCUUAAAGCCAAAGAACUGAGUCAGGUGGAGCCCAAAGCCCUGGCACUUGCAGUGGACUCCUCCAGAAAAAGGAAUGUGGCAGAGAGCGAGCAGCACCUACGGGAGCAUCGGAGAGGAGCAGAGGCUGAGGGAGCUGAGGGUGCUGGCAGGCGGCAGCAGGACCUGGCUGGCAAAGGGGACAUAAGGGAGGAAGCUCCUCGGGCGAAUGCGGUGGAGGUGGCUCAUGACCUGCAAGGAGGUCAGCGGAGCAAGCAGAGGCAUGGGGAUGGAGUGGCCUCAAACGAUGCCGAGAAGAAACCUGAGGAUGCUCCUGCCCAAAAGCCUGAGAAAGGAGCAGCUGCCCAGGGGCACCAGAAGUUCGACCACGGUGUCAAACCAAACCACGACCUGAAACUGCAGGCGGACCUGGACCUCCGCCGGAGGAGACGGGACCUGCUGCCUCCCGAGGAGGAGGAGGCUGCACAGGGGGCAGGGGUCCUCAUUGGCCUGAACCCCCUUCCAGAUGUGAAAGUGAAUGACCUCCGGAGCGCUCUAGAGACACGAUUAAACCAAGUUGCGGAGGGGGCUCAGCAGGUGGUCCACAGCCGGCAGAUCAAGCAGAUGACGCAGGCGGACGGCAGCAUGUGAGCGGGGUGGUCGUGCUCGGUGGGUGGCUGCGGGUGUUGGCCGCAGGCAACGGAGCUGAGGAGCUCCGGAGGGAAGGUUCACGUUAACCAGCUGGGUUUUUGGCCGCUGUUCCUCAGGCGGUGGUUGGUCUAAGCCGGCAGCACUUUGCUUGGGCCCACGGGAUCUCCUCGGAGCUCUGAGCACCAUCCAGGGUUUCUCUGAUGAUAGCAGCUCCCUGCAGGUGGCUGAGGAGAUGGCAACCAUGAAAGAAAAGCUCCCCACUGUCCUCUGGCUUUCAGAGGUUGCCAUCUACCUCGGUUCCCUGCCAGGCCAGCUUUUUCAAGGACGUUUUUCAACAACCAUUUCAUACUGAAUUGCCUUCUCCAUCCAGCUGUCCUCUUCAGAACUGAGGUGGUCCUCCCUGAGGUUCCCCUGCCUGCUUGGAAGAGCUUCCCUGGCACUGCCCUGGGUUCUAGUGCUCCGGCUGUGUGUGCAGGGCUUUGAGACAGAGUCUUGGGGAUGCAGGACAGGACAGAACCAGGAUCACACAUCUUGGGAAGGGCUUUAUUCUGGAGAAGCAUCAAGUCAUGAGUUGAGUGACCAGCUUAGCCAAUCGGUUCGGUGUUUCUCUUGAUGGGGGAGCUGUUAGUGUUGCAUGUUUAGGAGAUAGUUGUGGUUUAGGAACUCAGUUCAGUAGAAAAGCUGCCUUAAAGGGGCACAACAGCUGCAGUUGUGCCUCCUCUACUCCCAGGGAUUUCAUUUGGUUGGCCACACACUAGCAAUAACGCAGAGCUUUGCUCUUGCCCUCCCUCCCCACAUGCUCAGCUCUCAUCUGUGCUUUCAGGCUUGACUUCUCCUGUCCAAAGUGCAUUAUGAAGCUGCAGACUGCCUCCUUCUCCCCCCUCCCCCCCACCCCUGAUCCCCCUCUGUUUCUCAAACCAGCUUGAUUUUUCUGCAAGAGGUGACUAAUUUGGGAACAAAAGGACGUGGCUUAGCAGGGUGGGCUCGGGGGGCUUGGCUCAUACCUACCUCUUCUCUCUGUAACGUGGUGGAGCGUGUUUGGUUCCCGCGUUCCUCCCAGCCCCCCUCGGCCUAGUGGUUGACACCCAAAAAUGUCCCUGCUCCACCCCUGGAAAUGGAUUUUACAAGCCAGGAAGGGAAGAGCUUCCACGAGAGCCUCGCUUCAUCUUGAGCUCCCAGACAGUGAUUCAUCCCUUUGUUGUGUUUGGGUUUUGGUUUGUUUGGUGGUUUGCCUUUGUUUUUGUUUGUUUGUUUGUUUGUUUUUUUGUUUGUUGUUUUUUUUUUUCCCCCCUAAUUAUUUUUUAUUUUCACAUCCUGACUUGAGAAUGUAAGAAAUCGAAUCCCAAAGCUCUCACUUGGAACGGGUGAAAUUUCCCAGCCUGGAGUUUCAGACCUCAUCACUGUGGUGGUUUUUAUAUCCGUGAAGUGUCUUGGGUGAACGCCUCGUUGAGCUCCUGUCUGGUGGCGCCUUGCAGAGCCAGGGAUGGGGUCGUGAUGGACACGUGGCACUGCCACACGGGCUCUGCUCGCUCUGGGACCUGUGCCUGCUGCUCCAAGGAUUGUUGUCUUAAUUUCCCUUUAAAGUGACACAGAGCCACAGGGGUGAUGCCCGCGGGCUGGGGUGUACUUCAGGAGGACCUACCUGCGCUACUCUCAUGGCCUUAACCUUCAGAACUGCCCCAUGAGCUUCUCCAUUCCGCUGUCGUAAAGCACAAGCAGCGCAGCUGGGAGUCCUGGAGCCGCUCCACAGCCGUGUCCGUCAGGGCAGGGAUGGCAGCAGGCGCUGGAGCACGUCUCCGAGGCUGCAGCAGGGAGACUUUGUCCAGGCUUUGUCCCCUCUGGCACCAGUCAGCCUUUCCAAAGCGAGCAGGAGCUGGAUCUGCCACUGCCUGCCCUUUGAGCCUGUCAGGGUCUGGUUGGGACUCUGCCAGGCAGGGUGAGGGUCAGACCUGUCUAUGUUCGUUGGUGUUGAGCUGUGUGCACGAACACAAAGGACCAAAGAUGCUCCUGACAUUCCUCAGCGGCUGGGAACAGCCUGUGGGUACCCCAAAGCCAGGCAGGAGCUGUGGUGCCUCUGCCCAGGGUGUAGUGUUUGGCAGGAGAGACUGGAGGGGAGACUUGAGCUGAUCAAUAAAGUAAGCUGAAGCA